GCCAUAGACUGUCAGGGCACGCGCAGCUGAGUGACAACUGUUGAGCAGCAGUUGAAUCCUCCUCCCGGCAGAACGCAGGAGAGGAGCUCGGAAGAGUUCGGGUUUUUGUGCUCUGAAAAGUCAAUAAAAUGCUUAAACGUGUCUCUGCGGGCAGAGAAAAUUUCUGAGGGCUCACUGGGCGACUUGUAAGACAUGGCAGCGUCUGAACUUUACUCUAAGUAUGCCCGUGUAUGGCUCCCAGAUGCAGCAGAAGUGUGGAAGUCAGCAGAGCUUAUCAAAGAUUACACUCCUGGCGACCUGACGCUGACUCUGCAGCUGGAGGAUGGCACGGUAGUGGAACACAAAAUCGACCCCCGAACCAACAACCUGCCACCACUAAGAAACCCUAACAUCCUAGUGGGGGAAAAUGACCUCACAGCUCUCAGUUACCUCCACGAGCCUGCAGUGCUACACAACCUUAAAGUGCGCUUUAUCGACUCCAGGUUGAUUUACACUUACUGUGGAAUUGUCCUGGUUGCCAUUAAUCCUUAUGAGAGCCUGCCCUUCUAUGAACCUGACAUCAUCAAAGCCUACAGUGGGCAGAACAUGGGAGACAUGGACCCCCAUAUAUUUGCAGUAGCAGAGGAAGCAUACAAACAGAUGGCCAGAGAUGAAAGAAACCAGUCCAUCAUAGUAAGUGGUGAAUCGGGAGCUGGCAAAACUGUCUCUGCUAAGUACGCUAUGCGUUACUUUGCCACAGUCAGCAGCUCCUCUGGUGAGGCCAAUGUUGAGGAGAGAGUCCUUGCCUCCAACCCCAUCAUGGAGGCCCUUGGGAAUGCCAAGACAACAAGGAAUGACAAUAGCAGUCGCUUUGGGAAGUACAUUGAGAUUGGGUUUGACAAGAAGCAUUGUAUAAUUGGGGCUAACAUGAGAACCUACUUACUGGAAAAGUCUAGAGUUGUGUUUCAGGCCCAUGGAGAAAGGAACUACCAUAUAUUCUACCAGCUGUGUGCCUCUUCACAUUUACCAGAGUUUAAAGCCUUCAAGUUAGGUUGCGCAGAUGACUUCCACUGUACUAACCAGGGUCAGAGCCCAGUCAUAGAUGGAGUGAAUGAUGCCAAAGAAAUGCGCAACACCAGGCGGGCUUUCUCCCUGUUAGGGAUUAAUGAAAGUGAUCAAAUGGCAAUUUACCAAAUUGUGGCAGCUAUUCUCCAUCUUAGCAAUGUGGAUGUGAAAGAUCAGUCAUCAGACAGAAGCAGCAUCUUGCCAGAUGAUGUCAACCUGAUGGUGUUUUGUGAGUUGAUGGGGGUACCCUGUGAAGAAAUGGCCCACUGGUUAUGUCACAGGAAACUCAAGACGACCACAGAAACUUUUGUCAAGUCUUUCUCCAAAAUGAAUGCAGUCAAUGGCCGAGAUGCCUUAGCCAAACACAUCUAUGCCAGACUCUUCAGCUGGAUUGUGGGCAGUAUUAACUGUGCCUUAAAAUCUACAGUGAAACAACACUCGUUCAUUGGUGUACUCGACAUUUACGGGUUUGAAACAUUUGAUGUCAACAGCUUUGAACAGUUUUGCAUCAAUUAUGCCAAUGAGAAGCUACAACAACAGUUCAACCUGCAUGUCUUCAAACUGGAGCAAGAGGAGUACAUGAAAGAGGAGAUCCCUUGGACAUUGAUUGACUUCUACGAUAACCAGCCGUGCAUUAAUCUCAUCGAGGCCAAGCUGGGUAUCCUGGACCUUCUGGAUGAGGAAUGCAAGAUGCCCAAAGGCUCUGAUGACACAUGGGCCCAGAAACUGUACAACACCCUCCUGAAGCAAAAUGCUCACUUUGAUAAACCCAGGUUAUCAAAUACAGCUUUCAUCAUCCACCACUUUGCUGACAAGGUGGAGUACCAGUGUCAAGGUUUCCUGGAGAAAAACAAGGACACUGUCAAUGAGGAGCAGAUAAAUGUGCUGAAAAGGAGCAAGGUUGAUUUGCUGCUGAAGCUGUUUGAGGAUGACGACAAGGCAACAAGUUCUACUAGCAAAAAUACCAGUGUCGUUGGAAGGGCUGGUCAGGCUCAGAGGGAUAAUAAGAAGACUGUUGGACUGCAGUUUCGACAGUCUCUGCAUUUGCUGAUGGACACACUAAAUGCUACAACUCCUCACUACGUACGCUGCAUCAAGCCAAAUGACCAAAAAGCUUCAUUCACCUUGGACCCUGUGAGGGCAGUGCAGCAGCUUCGAGCCUGUGGCAUCCUCGAGACAAUCCGGAUCUCAGCAGCGGGCUUCCCAUCUAGAUGGACCUAUCAGGAAUUCUUCAAUCGUUAUCGGGUCCUGAUGAAGCAAAAGGACGUGCUUCCUGAUAGAAAACAAACCUGCAAAAACCUCCUGGAAAAACUUAUAAGGGACCACGAUAAGUAUCAGUUUGGCAAAACCAAGAUCUUCUUCAGGGCGGGUCAGGUGGCUUACCUGGAGAAGCUGCGUUCUGACAAGCUGCGUAUGGCUUGUGUCCGCAUCCAGAAGACUAUCCGCUGCUGGCUGGCUCGCAAAAAGUACUUGAGGAUGAGGGAAUCUGCUGUCACCAUACAGAGACAUGUACGGGGUCACCAGGCACGCUGUUAUGUGAAGUUCCUGCGAAGAACCAGAGCAGCUGUUGUCAUUCAGCGGAAUGUACGUAUGUGGGUGACCAGGAGACGCUACCAGCAACAGCGCUCUGCAGCUAUCACUAUUCAGUGCUUCUUGAGGGUCUACAUGGCUAAAAAGCAGUACUACAAGUUGAUGUUUGAGCAAAAGGCUGUGGUCAUCCAGAAAUGGGUGAAAGGCUGGCUGGCUAGACAGUAUUAUAAACGCACCGUGGCAGCUAUCAUCCUGCUGCAGAGCUGUGUACGCCGCAUAAGGGCCAAGAAGGAAUUAAAGAAGCUGAAAGUGGAGGCGCGCUCUGUGGAGCACUUCAAGAAGCUCAACAUUGGCAUGGAGAACAAGAUUUUGCAGUUGCAGCACAAGAUAAAUGAGCAGCAUAAAGAAAACAGAGAGCUCAGUGAGAGGCUGAAUGUGGUGGAGAAGACCUGGACUGUAGAGAGAGAAAAAAAGAGCAGAGAGAUUGAAGACCUACGUAGAUCAGAGCAAGAGGCAAGAGCCAAGGCAGAGACUCUUCCCUCAUUGCUGGAGCAACUCUCCUUCCUUCAGCAUGAGCUGGAAAACACCAGCAGAGAGAAACAAGACCUGGAAGAGCAGACAAAGAUCUACAAGGAGCAGACGGAACAAGUGGUGGAAGAGCUUAAUAUGAAGAACAGCUUGUUGAGCAGCGAGAAAGAUGAACUGAACAAACUAAUCCUGGAUCAAGCCCAACUGUUAACAGAUAUUAAAACUAACGUCAUGAAUACAGAACAGAUGGAGAAAGACUUGGCUGAAGAGCGCACUCGCUACCAAAGUCUGCUGAGUGAACACCUGCAUCUGGAGGAGCGGCAUAGAGACCUGAUGGAAGAGAUGAAUCUAAGCAUUAGCUCAAGCAAAUCUGGUCACAAGAAGACAGACUCCAACUAUAGCAGUAAUUCAUCUGAGUUUAGUCAGAGCUUAGGCUCUACUGAGGGAGAAGACAGCUCGGUACAAACAGAGGACAAGACCCAGUUGACAGUGGACCUGCCAGUCCUUCUGAAGCUCCAAAGAAAAGUUAAGGAACUGGAGCAGGAAAAACAGUCACUAUGGCAGCAGCUGGAUAAGAGAGAAGAAGCCCAACAGGAAAAGGCAAAACAGGUGGAGGAGCAGAGAACUGUUGGCAGAGCAGAACUGGACCUGGAAACACUAAAGCGGCAAGAACUGGAGUCAGAGAACAAGAAGUUGAAGCAGGAUCUAAAUGAGCUGCGGAAGUCUCUGACCAAUGAGAGUAGUAAACUUGCGCCCCCUGCCCCCGGCUCUAAACCCUACAACAUACUGCUGGAGCAACUCAGUUCUUCAAAUGAGGAGCUGGAGAUGCGAAAGGAGGAAGUGCUGCUCCUCCGGUCACACAUGGUCCGCCAAGAGGCUCUUAAACAUAAGGACUCUGCACUCGGGGGAGGUGUGAAAUUAGAUCUUAGUGACAGUCCCUCAUUUCAAAAUGUUGGCAGGUCCGCUGACAUCCAUACACUGAAUGAAGAUGGAGAGCUGUGGCUGGCUUAUGAAGGCUUGAAAGAGACCAAUAGACUUCUGGAGUGCCAGAUGCAGGAGCACGAACGUGUUAACAAUGAGAAGUGUAAGAAGCUGCUGGAGGAGGUGAACAAGUUGAAGAAAGAAAAGGAGCAACAGCAGAAGCUGCUGGCCCAGAGCCUCAGCUUGCCCGAAGGUGCCCGCAUUGGGGCGAGCCUGAACCACGAGAUCACACGUCUUACAAAUGAGAACCUGGAACUCCUGGAGCAGCAAGAGAAACAAGACAAAACCAUACGCAAGUUGAAAAAACAACUUAAACUUUACGUAAAGAAAGUUGAAGACUUUGAAGCGAGUGCUCAACAGAAGAAUAACGCCCCUGUGAUGAACGCUCCUGUCAGAGCGGUGAACAUCACCCGCAAGGAGAAAGAGUACCAGGGCAUGUUGGAAUACAGGCAGGGUGACGAGAGCCGCUUGCUUAAGAAUGUGGUCACAGAUCUGAAGCCUCGUGGUGUAGCAGUGAGCUUCAUUCCCGGGCUUCCGGCUUACAUCAUCUUCAUGUGCUUGCGAUAUGCUGACAUUGUGAAUGAUGAUCAGAGAGUCAGCACUCUGCUCAAUUCCACCAUCAGCAGCAUCAAAGGGGUCAUUAAGAGGAGAGGGGAUGAUUUUGAGGUAGUGUCCUUCUGGCUGGCCAACACGUGCAGAUUAAUGCACUGUCUGAAGCAGUACAGUGGAGAUGAGGUUGUCAUGACGCAGAACACUGCCAAGCAGAAUGAGCACUGCUUGACCAACUUUGAACUGUCAGAGUAUCAGCAGGUUUUUGGUGACCUGGCCAUCCAGAUUUACCGUCAGCUCAUCAAAUGCGUGGAGGACAUCCUGCAGCCCCUGAUUGUGGCAAGUAUGCUGGAGCAUGAGGCCAUCCAGGGUGUUUUAGGGUCCAAACCGACAGGCCUGAGGAAGAGAAGCACCAGUUUCCCACAGGGGGCUGUUACAGUGGAAGCCCUCCUGCAGCGUCUUGGUCUCUUCCACACCACCAUGUGUCAGCAUGGGAUGGACUCAGACCUCAUUAAACAGGUGGUCAAGCAGCAGUUUUACAUCAUCUGUGCGGUCACACUCAACCACCUGCUGCUGCGCAAGGACAUGUGCUCCUGGAGUAAAGGCCUGCAGAUCAGGUACAAUGUCUGGCAGUUGGAGGAGUGGCUGGCGGAGAAGGAUCUGGCAUGCUGCGGUGCAAAGGAGACUCUGGAGCCUCUCGUACAGGCUGCACAGCUUCUACAGACCAAGAAGAAGACUGAGGCAGACGCCCAAGCUAUUUGCACCAUGUGCACCGCCCUCACCACAGCACAGAUUUUGAAAGUGUUGACCUUGUACACCCCAGUCAUCGAAUUUGAAGAGCGAGUGCCGACAACAUUCAUCACAACUAUUAAAAACCUUUUGAAAGACAGAGUUGAGUCGUCUACAUUGAUGAUGGACACCAAGAAGAUCUUUUCCAUCACCCUCCCCUUCACAUCCUCCUCAGUGGCUCUGGAAACCAUCCAGAUCCCUGCUAGCCUCAAUCUGGGCUUCCUCACCCGCAUCUAGACCAGUGACCUCUGACACUUACUCUUUGUUUUCUUAGUUCUGUUUACCAGAGUAAAAACACCUAAGACUGUUUUUAUGCCAACGUUUGUACCAGUUGUAAUGUUUUUGUUUACAUGCAUCUGUUUACAGUAUUAGCUUCUCAGCACUACAUAGCCAAAGAGGUAAUAACUAUAUGAUCAGUGAAUCUGCAAAAAAGUAUUUUAAAGGUCACGUUGCCACGUAAUGAAAUGCUCAUACGGGUGUUGAUAGUAUUUUGUGUCUUUAAUGCAUUCAGGGGUAUGAAAUUUUACUUUUCACAUCAAAACAUCUGCAAAUGAUGACAAUUUUCUAAAUACUGGGAUAGAUAAUAGCUUUAUUUCUGUAACUUUAUAUUUCUGUAACUUCUAAUGUCAGGCGAUGGUAUUACUGUCAGGACAAGUUGAACGAGCAGAAAAUAAUUCAAGUAUGUAUGUAACCAGUCUUAAUGUUGUCGGCCAUAUUAAAGGCUGGCUUUAAAGUCAGAUGGUUUAAAUAAGUACUCAAAAA